AUGACUUCAUCCAUCCACAAGGGCUCCCCGAAAUCGAUCUCCGAAACAGCCACGCCAGGCCUCCUGUUCUUGAAGCAGUUUCUCCCAGCUUUGGAUUCUCUUGAUCCAAGCACCGCCUCGACCUCAGCACCUGACGGCAUCGACCGGUUCCUAGCGCCCACGGCCACCUUCAGGGUAAAUAGCAACCCACCCUCGAACGUGUGGGACGUGAUCCCCCUAUUGCGGAUACGCGAUAAGUACCUGUCGACGUUCCGGCAUGAGAUCGAGACGAUCUGGGAUAUUGGCGUGGCAGAUGGACGUCAACGGACGGUCAUGUUUGAGGCGACGAGUGUUACAGCCUUCCGGGAGGAUGAGGAUCAGUUUGAGGUGCGUCUGAGAGAGUUCAACGUGCUCGAUCUGGAGACGGAAGGAAAGAACCACAACAACACACCAGAGGGACUCAGGAUCGUUGAGAUGAGGACGUAUAUGGACGUCCGGCCGUUGCAGGACCGAGCAGCGCGGAUGCAGCCUGAGUCAGUGGAGGUUCCUGAGUAA